AUGUAUGACACUAGAUAGAUGUACUUUGAUAAAGAUUCAUCUCUUCAUAAUAUAAGCAAUCUUAGUGAUAAAAAGGAUUAUCAUGUCUAUCAAAGAGAUCUAUUAGCAGAGUUAAAUCAAAGUUAACAAAGAUUAACAGUUUAAGAAUUAGAAAAUAAAGUAGUUAUGUUAGCUACAGAGAAUGAGAGAUUAAUAUCAUAAUUAAAUGAUAAAAAUAGAGAAAUUGAAUUUUUAUAAGAGGAAUAACGAAUGCUAUAGAAUGCUUAUUAAUCAUAAAAAGAUGAUAGAUAUAGAGCAAUAGAAAAUAGAACAACAAAAAUGAUAUAUGAAAAUGAGAAGGUUGUUUUGAUGAAUUAGAGUUUACAAAUUUAAUUAGAAGAAUUGUCUUAUCAAUAUGAAUCAUUACAAAAAAAGUUUUAAGUAGAAACUGAAAUAAUUGAAUAAAAAUGGAAAGCUCAUUAUGGAGAAUUGUAUGAAUAAUAAAACAAGAAUCUUACAGCCAAUAUUGAGAAGUUACUAAAUGAAUUAAAAUAAAAUUCAGAUCUUAUUUAAUCUUAUGAAGAGAAAUUAAAGAGUUAUUCUAAAGAAUUAUAAAUGGUUAAAGAAUAAUUAGAUUAUAAAGAUAAAAAAGGUAAUGAAUUACUUAAUAAUAAUUAAUAAAUAAGUAACAUUAUAGAAUAGUAAGAUGCAGUUAUAAAAAAGAAUACAGAAAAGAUUUAAUAAUUAUAAAUAUAAUUAGAAUAAUAAGUUAAUGAAAAUAGAUAAUAGAAAUAGAGAUUGAUAAAUUAUGAAAAAGAUAUAGAGAAUAGAAGAAUAAAGUAUGAAGAAUUGAUAAUAUAAUUUGAAGAAUUAAAAUUAUUAGAAAAAGAAGAAAGAUUAUAAUUAGAAAAAAAUGAUUAAGAAUUUUAAUAAUAUAAAUUAGAAAUAAAUUAGAUGAAAUCUAACUUAAAUGAAUUGAAUAGAAAUCAUAAAUUAUAAUAAUAGGAAAAUCAACAUAAUUAUAAUAAGGAAAUUAAUCAUCUUAAAAAAUAAAUAUAAUAAGUAAUUAUGGAAAAUGAGGAUUUAUAAAAAUUACUUAAUUAAACAAGAUAAAAUCUUAAUAAUGAAAUUACAAAAACUAAUAGUCUAGAAAAAUAAUUAGCAGAUAAUGCUUAAGAUAUUUAAAUUAAAGAAUAACAAUUACUUAUGUAAUAUAAAGAAUUAGAAGCUUAAAAAUUAAAAUUUGAUAAAUUAUUCUAAGAAAAUACAUCCUAUCUAAAAUAAUAGUAAAAUUAAUUUGAUAUCAAAUUGUUAUAAAAUUAAUAAUAAAAUAAAUUGGUAAUUUAUUAUAAUUAUAAUAUAGUAAACAGAACAAAUUGUAUAAUCAAAAAAUAAAGAAGUAAAUAAUCUAAAUGAAAAAAUUAAUGUUUUAUUAUAGAAAAUCGAUGAAUAGGCAUCAUACAUAUAAUAAUUAUCUUAUUAAAGUAACAUUAAAGGUGAAGAGAUUGAAGAAACUCGUCCAUAAAUAUAAAGUCUUAGAAAUGAAUUACAUAGACUUCAAUAACUUACAGUGGAAUAAAGUAAUGAGAUAGACAAUUGGAAACUAAAGACUAUUCGUAUGGAAGAAAAUUAUGAAAUGUAAAAUAGAGAUCAAUUAGAAAAAUUAUAAAGAUUUCAAGAUGAAAUACAAUAGUUAUAAAACAAAUUACAUAAAACAUAAGAAGAAAAUAUCAAAAUAACCAAUAAUUUAUAAGAAACCUUAUCAAAUUUAAAUUCAAUACAAUAAUUAUUAUCAGAAACCCAUUAAUAAUUAAAAUUUGCAGAAAAUAAAAUUGAAAUUUAAUCUUAAGAAUUAGUUGAAACUAUUUAAUUAAAAGAGUAAUUAAGUUUACUUAAAGAAAAACAUUAAAAAGAAAUUGAAGCCUUAAAAAAGGCAGUAGAUUCAAGUUUAAAAGUAAAAAUUGAAAAAGAGAUUGCUUAAGAAAGAGAAAAACUUGAAAAUUAUUCAUAAUAGAUAACAUUAGAAAAAAGAGGUUUAGAAAAUGUUAUAUAAAAUUUAAAUACAGAAAAUUAGUUAUUAAAAACAGAAAUAAUGCAAUAAUAAGAAUAUUUCAAAUUGUAAGUAUAAGAUCUCAUUGUAGAUUAGCAAAAACAUUUAAUAAAUAUAGAUCAUGUGUAUAAGUAAAAUAAAAUAUUAUUAUAAUUUUAGAUUAGAAUUAAAAGGUUUAUCUGAAGCCUAAUAAAUUCAAUAUAAUUAAUUUGUUGUUCAACUACAUUUAUAAAUUGCCACAUUGAUAGAAGAGAAUAAAAAUCUAAAAGAAUAAUGUUAAUAAUGGUAAUAGUAACUUAAAAAAUAUGAAAAAUAAAGUACUAAAUUAAUUAAUGAAAUGGGUAAUAUAUCUAUAUUGAUUAUAUUAUUAGAAUAUCGUGUAUCAUCAUUAAAAAAAGAUAACAGCAGACUAAUUGAUGAAAAAUGCUAUGAAAAGUCCAAGAAUACUUAUCUUGAAACUUAAAUAAAGCGUUCCACUCCUAUUAGAGAAGUUCGGUCAUCAUCCACCUAUGUUGUUGGAACUCCAAAAAGGAAUAGGUAUGGUAAAUAGUCAGUCCUAAGAGAAAUAGACUUAAUUAAUCAUUACUAUUGA